GUGAACUCUCACCUCGGCGUGUGGAUUUCUUUUUCCGGGACAAGAUGGCGCCGUCCACGCCGCUCUUGACAGUUCGAGGCUCAGAAGGACUGUAUAUGGUCAAUGGGCCACCGCAUUUCACGGAAAGCACGGUGUUUCCAAGGGAAUCUGGGAAAAAUUGCAAAGUCUAUGCCUUCAGUAAGGAUGGCACGUUGUUUACCUGGUGCAAUGGAGAAAAAGUAAACACUAUCAAUGUCACUAACAAGGAACCACUGCACUCCUUCGAACUCCCAAAGACAGUUUGCCUUGAAUUCUCGCCAAAAAACACUGUUCUGGCAACGUGGCAGCCUUACACUACUUCUAAAGAUGGCACAGCUGGGACACCUAACCUUCAGCUUUAUGAUUUGAAAACUGGGACAUGUUUGAAGUCUUUCAUCCAGAAAAAAAUACAAAAUUGGUGUCCAUCCUGGUCAGAAGAUGAAAAUAUUUGUGCCCGGAAUGUGAACAAUGAAGUUCACUUCUUUGAAAACAACAAUUUCAAUACAAUUGCAAAUAAGUUACAUUUGCAAAAAAUUAAUGAUUUUGUGUUAUCACCAGGACCCCAGCCAUACAAGGUUGCUGUCUACGUUCCAGGGAGCAAAGGCGCCCCUUCGUUUGUUAGGCUGUAUCAGUACCCCAACUUUGCCGGGCCUCAUGCAGCUUUAGCCAAUAAAAGUUUCUUUAAGGCUGAUAAGGUUACAAUGCUGUGGAAUAAAAAAGCUACUGCUGUCCUGGUAAUAGCUAGCACAGAUGUGGACAAGACCGGAGCGUCCUACUAUGGGGAGCAGACGUUGCAUUACAUUGCAACGAAUGGAGAAAGUGCUGUGGUACAAUUACCAAAAGGUGGCCCCAUUUAUGAUGUGGUUUGGAAUUCUAGUUCUACUGAAUUCUGUGCUGUUUAUGGUUUUAUGCCUGCCAAAGCGACGAUUUUCAACUUGAAAUGUGACCCCGUGUUUGACUUUGGGACUGGUCCUCGCAAUGCGGCCUACUACAGCCCUCAUGGACAUAUAUUAGUACUGGCUGGCUUUGGAAAUCUGAGAGGACAGAUGGAAGUGUGGGAUGCUAAAAAUUACAAGCUGAUUUCUAAACCGGUGGCUUCUGAUUCUACAUAUUUUGCUUGGUGCCCAGAUGGGGAGCAUAUUUUAACAGCCACGUGUGCUCCCAGAUUACGAGUGAAUAAUGGGUAUAAGAUUUGGCAUUACACUGGCUCUAUCUUGCACAAAUACGAUGUGCCCGCAAAUGGAGAAUUGUGGCAGGUUUCAUGGCAGCCGUUUUUGGAUGGAGUAUUUCCAGCAAAAGCAAUCACUUACCAGGCAGUGCCAAGUGAGGUACCCAGUGAGGAGCCUAAAGUCACAACAGCUUAUAGACCUCCUGCUUUAAGAAAUAAACCUGUCACUCAUUCCAAACUGCAUGAAGAGGAGCCGCCUCAAAAUAUGAAACCACAAGGAAAUGAUAAACCCAUAUCAAAAACAGCCCUUAAAAAUCAAAGGAAACAUGAAGCUAAGAAAGCUGCAAAACAGGAAGCAAGAAGUGACAAAAGUCCAGAUUUGACAUCUACUCCUGCUCCACAAAGCACGCCACGAAACAUCACCUCGCAGUCAACUUCUGGAGACCCUGAGGUGGACAAAAAAAUUAAGAACCUGAAGAAGAAACUGAAAGCAAUUGAACAACUAAAAGAACAAGCGGCCGGUGGGAAACAGCUGGAGAAGAACCAGUUGGAGAAAAUUCAGAAAGAGAAAGCACUUCUUCAAGAGCUGGAAGAUUUAGAAUUGGGUAUUUAAAGUUUCAUCCAAAACAGGUGGCUACCAGAAGUCAGUUCAAGCAUCUCUUCUGUUAAGCUGUUGGUCUACGUGGGACACCCAUGUGCCCACAUUUAAUGUGGCUCUAUAAUUUUAGCCAUUCAUUCAGGAUUCUGCUUGUGUGUAAAGAUAUUUAAUAAUGCCUGUUAAGUUGACUUUUACAUUCUGCAUCCUGUAUCAUGUCAGUAUGCAAUACAGAAAGAGAAAUGAACUUUCAGCUAACUAAGCUUGACAGAUUGAGAGACAAAUGUCAUUGUUUUUUUCACAAGGGGCAGUAUUUACCACAUAAAUGAAAUAAAGACAUUUUAAAUUUAA